GCUGACCACUCGAGUGAGGCGACCGUCAUCGAAGAGUUUCAAGCAAGCGUCCAUUCAUUACCAGCGACAUCGUUGCCAGACGCAGACAACACCAGUAUGCAAACAACGCCGAUUCGCCCUGGGACCUACCUACUUCUCCAGUUUGGGGGACGGAUGGCUAUGGACCUGACCAACAAACACACUGUAACAGGCUAUACAAAACACGAGAAGAAUAACCAGAAGUGGGAGAUCUCACCAUUUGGAGCGGGCUAUUCCAUCAAAUCUGUUACCGGGCCUAUUGAAAGAUAUGUCGCCUGCGAGACAGACACCUCGGUGUCAACGAAACCUUAUCCUGUCAGCUGGAGAAUAGAAAGCAUUUCGAGAAAUGAAGAGACCAAUUUUCAAAUUGUGUGGCCAAAUAGCCAGCUGGCGAUCACAUUGACUAGUUCAGAUCCAGGGACCAAGGUGAGGUUAGCGCCCGUCGGGGAUCCAGGACAGGAGUGGACGACUCGCCGAGUUGGUGAGGUCAGGACAAACGUCGCACCAGGCGCUCCUAUGACCACUCAGUCGACAUAUACGCUGUCCAGCUCCGACUCGGAGCCCGCCAUCCGCAUUGAAGGGGCAGGGAGUCAUCCAACGAUCGUUAUCAAUGACAGAAAUACUAUUCCGGAGAACGGGGAGCUGGUUUUCACGACAACUACUACGUGGUCCAACACUAUGACAUCUACGGUAACAAAGUUCGAGAGAAUCAUGAAGUAAAGUUUUCGCUCGCGCACAG